GCGCGGGUGUAUGGAGAGAGAAACAAAAUGUACUUCCAUAUUGGCGAUAACCCAUGUUGAUGCUGCUACUUGCUUUAGUUUUUCGCCUGGAUGCGCAGCUCCUUGUCGUGUGAUGAAUUUGUAUAUUCGCAGAUUUUCAGACGGCGCAGACGCUGUACUAACGCGGAUCAGUUAUUUUAGGAAGCAAACUCGUAUCUAAAGAGAAAGGCAAGAUUUUUAUCGCGAAGACGGGACUACUUAAGUACUUUUAUCCCACCAUACUUUGCUGCGACCGCGGAAGAAGGACUAUCAACUGCAAAUGGCCUCUGUGGAUCUUGAACACGGCAGAUAUUGGUGAUCAUGCUGCUUUCGCAUGUGCUGGCUAAGACGGAGGUUUGAAUGAAAGCGAACGACCCUCUGUAGCAUGACAAUUUUGAUUGUUGAGACAGCUCCUCGAACGCAUGCUCACUCUGCAUGAGAAAUGUCAUGAGCUGCAGCUGGUCAAACAAAGUGGGAGAUCAUGGUUAUUGCAGCUAUUUAUAUCAUAUGUACAGCUUUUUGUGUAGACCAGUAAAGCGCAUUAGCCUCUGUAUCUUCAUCUUCACAAAUAAAAACUCGGAUCGACUGUUCCAGAGGACCCAGAUGUUGGGUAUUUGCACUGCAUAGCGAGCACCAGAAGGAAACACGUUCGACUAUGGUGGUAUCAAACCUUUGCAUUUUCGGCUGCUACAUGAGUUUGUAAUGCAAGAAUAGCAAAAUUCAAAGAAAUUGCCUGGCGGUAUCUUGUUGCGCCUCUUGCACUACAAAGUUGAAACAGGUUCCCAUCAUGCAGGCCGGCUUCAACAUCGUGUGCAGGCUGAUGGUAGUUUUGCAUCACAAAUUCAUCUAUACAGCUGAGAAUGUGACGGUUGAGAAAUCCAUAUCGGCUAUCUCGAAGACGAGAAUCCUCCU